GAGUUACGCAAGGAGUGACGUGUUGUCAACACAAAGUGUAAAACCCCAGUUUGGUCAAUGGCUGCUUGAGCAAGUUAAGAGUGGAGAAUACGAAGGAUUGUGCAUGAUCGGACCCGAUACUUUUCGGAUCCCAUGGAAGCACAACUCCAGGAAGGACUGCGGCGACGGGGAUAACAAAAUAUUUAUGGCAUGGGCCAUAGUAAGCGGUAAAAUCCAUGAAUACCCUUCCGACAAGGCGAAGUGGAAGACCAAUUUUCGCUGUGCCUUGGGAAGCCUCAAAAAUCAAUUCGAAAUGAUACAUGAUCACUCAAAGGAUUCCGAUGACCCUCAUAAAGUCUACCGCAUCAUCCGGUCUGACUUUUCAGCCAAUGAAAGCCAUAGUACAGAGGGUCCUCCAAAUCAGUUCCCUCACCCUGAAAACAUCUGUAACGUGACAGAUUACCAAUGGCAAAACAUAGAGGAUAAUUUACAUAACUGCAUGGACAUGCUGGACCUAAAUCAACAACACACAGAAAAUCAGCAAUGGAGCUACGAUGUUCUUUCAAACCAAGCAUUGGCUCCUAUACCAACUUUGUCUCAGCCUGGCCCACAGAACAACACACCAGUUCCAGUGGAGUCACCUUAUGUAUCAGUUCACCCAGCCACACUGGAAAAUGUUCUGCCUCAAAUUUGGGACCUGGAGGUCACUAUCUACUACAGGAAGACAGAGAUGUUCAAGGCCACCCUCUCCAACCCACUGGUGCAGUUUCACUAUCGAUGUGACCCGUUAGAAUUGAGAGGCCAAUCUGUCUGCUUCCCCAGCACGCAUAAUCUCAAAGACCUCAAGCAGAUCUACUACACUAACUGUAUCCUGAAUAGCAUCCAGAGAGGCCUCCUGCUUGAGGUGGACCAAUCAGGAAUCUAUGGCUUUCGUCAGGACAGGUGCAAUGUCUUUGCCAGCACCAGAGACCCUGCUGAUAUCCAAAACCCUGAACCCUGGAAAUUACAACAGAACUUUAAAGUUCAACUGCUCAGCUUUGAAAAAUACUUAAAGGAUCUUAGGGACUUCAAAGAGAACAAGCGUGGAUCUCCAGAUUACACCAUUCAUUUGUGCUUUGGGCAGAAGUUACCUGAUGAAGAGCCUCUGGACAAGAAACUUAUUGUUGUAAAGGUGGUGCCCCUGAUUUGUCGUGAACUUCAUGAGAGAGCCCAGAUGGAGGGAGCAUCCUCUCUACGUAAUGACAACAUCAGUCUUCAGAUUUCACACAACAGCUUAUUCGACCUCAUCAAUUCUACUUUCGGUCUACCAACUACUGAUUGAAUUCAGUGUACUGUCUCGCUUCACAAGGCUACUUGGUAAAUGUAAAUAGACUUUUGAUUAUGCAUACCACUCUAUAACUGAGGGAAUGGCUUUUGUCAAAAAUUAAAAAUAAUCUUUGUAUAGGACUGUGCAUCAUUCUUAUUGAGUAUAUAUUUUAAGCAGAACAGCUGUGCAAUUUGCAAAGUUAAAUCUUUUAGGGUUUUGCGGGUGGGGAGGUGUUAAAUAUUAGUAAUUGGAUCAAGAACAAAGUUUUCAUGAAACUUUUAUAUCUUGUUGAAUUGUUAUGUAUCUUAUCAAAUCAUAUAAACAGGUAACAUGUUGGGGGAGGGGGGGGGUAAAUUGGUAUUGUGCUUGAAGAAUAUUAUUUUCUGAACCUUCAAAUAAUUUAUAUAAAAUACUUAAGAACUUUAAUCAGCGUCAACACUACUACCAUGCAAGAUCAAUGGAUUUUGAAUAUAACUGUCCACAACAACCCUAAUGACCUCGGUGUAUUCUACAUAGAACUUAAUAAAUUGUUUAUUUAUCUUGUAAGUUGUUUCCAAAAGAGUCAAAUUUAGCCAUUUGUCAGCGAGUAAACUUCGAACAGAGAAUGAGGAGUGUGAUGAGUGAAGAAUGGAGAAAUGGUAACAACACACUCACUGUAAAAUAAACAACCGUCAGGACAGUUAGUAGCAAAGACACCUUAAUCAUUGUUCCUAAUUCCAUGUAAAUACAUAUCUAAAAUGUUAAACUGUGCUGUUUAAGAUAGUGCUCCAUUCAUCUUCUUAUGAAUUUUAAGUGCUCCAUCCACUUGAUUUCUGUUAAAAUUCUCCUAAUGUAAAUAGAACAAAAUUAUAUUUCAACAUUAUUUACUGUUCACAAUGUUCAAACAUUUUUAAUUGUUAUUAUGUUUGGUGUCAUAAAACACACAAGCUUUUAAGUGUCAUUUUUGGGAAACCAGUAAAUCUAG